GCGGGGCGGCGGGGCCGUGUCCGUGUGUCCGCCCGUCCGUCCGUCCGUCCGUGCGGGGUGCUCCGGAGCGGGGCAGCGCCGCGGGAGCGAUGGCGGCCGGCGGGUACGGCCGGUACCGGGCUGUGAUCUUCGCGGCCAUGUUCGUGGGCUACACGCUCUAUUACUUCAACCGCAAAACCUUCUCGUUCGUCAUGCCCGCCGUCAUGGCCGAGGUGCCGCUGGGGAAGGACGACCUGGGUCUCAUCACCAGCAGCCAGUCGGCAGCCUACGCCAUCAGCAAGUUCAUCAGCGGCGUCCUUUCGGACCAGAUGAGCGCCCGCUGGCUCUUCUCCUCCGGCCUCCUCAUGGUGGGCUUGGUCAACGUGGUCUUCUCCUGGAGCUCCACCGUCAUGGCCUUCGCCGGGCUCUGGUUCCUCAACGGCCUGGCCCAGGGGCUGGGCUGGCCGCCCUGCGGCAAGGUCCUGCGCAAGUGGUUUGAGCCUUCCCAGUUUGGGACUUGGUGGGCAAUCCUGUCUACAAGCAUGAACUUGGCUGGAGGCCUAGGCCCCAUUGUCGCUGCUCUUGUGUCUAUGAACUACGAUUGGCGCAAGACUUUGUCCUUCUCUGGCUUCACCUGCAUGGUUGUCUCUUUUGUUUGCCUUGUCCUGAUUAAAAACGAGCCGGCAGAUGUUGGGCUGCCCAACAUUGAGCAAGGAGCCAAGAAAGGGAAGAAAGGUACCUCCAGCGACAACAGCACCUUGACAGAGCUGCUGCUCUCCCCAUACCUCUGGGUGCUCUCAACAGGCUACCUGGUCGUUUUUGGAGUGAAAACUUGCUGUACUGAUUGGGGACAGCUCUUCCUGAUCCAGGAGAGGGGACAGUCCAUGCUUGUAGGCAGUUCCUACAUGAGUGCCUUGGAAAUUGGGGGCCUAGUGGGAAGCAUUGCUGCUGGAUACCUUUCUGAUAGAGCAGUAGCAAAAGUAGGGCUGUCCAGCUAUGGGAACCCCCGGCACGCGCUCCUGCUCUCCAUGAUGGCUGGGAUGUGUGUGUCCAUGUUCCUCUUCCGGAUCACAGUCACGGGUGACUCUCCCAAGCUGUGGAUUCUGACUCUGGGAGCUGUGUUUGGGUUCUCCUCGUAUGGGCCGAUUGCCCUGUUUGGGGUCAUAGCCAAUGAAAGUGCCCCUGCCAACUUGUGUGGCACCUCCCACGCCAUAGUGGCCCUCAUGGCCAAUGUUGGGGGUUUCCUGGCUGGACUGCCUUUCAGUACAAUUGCCAAGCACUACAGCUGGGCCACAGCCUUCUGGGUAGCUGAAGUCACCUGUAUUGCUAGCACAGUGGCUUUCUUCCUCCUGCGAAACAUCCGCACCAAGAUGGGCCGGAUUUCCAGGAAGGCUGACUGAGGAUGAGCUGCUUGGUGGAAAGGAUGUUCCCACGCUGACGUGAAUGAUGCUCGUUGUUGUUUAACUGGCCUAGGAGUGAAUUUACCUAUUGCUGCAACCUAGAUAAAAAUGUCUCAACUUCUCA